UGAUAAGAUUAGGGUUUUCAACCUUUAACGUUUUGCCAAAGAUGAGGAGAGAUAGAGAAGAUGGUUACACUUCUCGAGGAGAAACAAACGGGCAAUCUCCAACCAUACGUGAUGCACUGCAUUAUGUCAGUGCUGUGAGGAACACUUUUCAUGACGACAUAGGGAAAUAUGAGACAUUCCUUGAGGUCAUGAAGGACUUUAAAGCUCAGAGAGACGACCAUAAUGGUGUCAUUAAAAGAAUAAAAGUUUUGUUCAAUGGUCACAACGACCUAAUAUUAGGUUUUAAUACUUUCUUACCCAAAAAGUAUACAAUAACCCUUCCGUUGGAGGAAGAGAAACCGAAGACCAGGGUAGGUUUCCAAGAUGCUUUCGGUUUCGUCACCAAGAUUAAGGCAAGGUUCUCAAGUGAUGAACAUGCGUAUAAAAGGUUUCUAGACAUCAUGGAGAUGUAUCGAAAGGAAAGAAAGUCCAUCAUUGAUGUCUACGAAGAGGUUACUAUUCUCUUCAAGGGUCAUGAUGAUCUGCUCGUGGAGUUCCUUAAUUUCUUACCUAAUUGUGCUGCAAUUUCUGACAUGCUUCCAAGGCAUUCUGAUAAGGUCGAAAACUGUGAUGAAAAGCUGGUUGUUUUCUCUGGUGGUAAUUUUACUGGAAAGUCCCUUGCUAAAGAAGGUCAGGGAGGUUAUUUGAACGUGGCAGAAAAUGGGCGAAUUCAAGAUCAUCAAAGUGGUCAAGAUGGCGGAAGAGAUACAGAUAGAGCUGACAAAACAGCUAGCAGUGUAAGCCAAAUUAUUGCCUCCUUCCAAAGGAUGUGAAUGACUCUUUUUCCAUAAUAACAUCGUUCUACUACACUGGAAAUUACUGCGUUAUUCAGUUCUCUUAUAAAAUGGUUUGUGUUUGCCCAUGGAAUAUCCAUAUGAUAAUUCUAAAAGUGGUCUUUAUUAAGAUACAUUUUAACAUGAUGGUGUUUUUUUGUUACCUAAUCGUCGUGCAUUCACAAUGUUCUGAAAACUGGACCGUAGGAUGAAGAAAAACUCUACAUCACGUGUUAAUCCAUUCCAACCAGUUUAAGUGUUAACUAAUUAAGUUGAGAAUAUAAUUUUAAAAUUUUUAAACGUAACACAUGUAAAUAAGCUUUAAAGAUCAAAUUUUGUCCAUAAGAUAAUGCCAAAUUAGUCAAAGACCAAAAUAGUUUACAAAGAAAAACUAAAUUUGUAGUCCUUCCUUAUGCUUUUCUUUUCCUAUCGCUUGGAUCAAGAGAAACCAACAUCUGCUUGGCAAUUUGUUUCACCAUUCAGGAUAUACGUGUUUGCUUCCCCAUGCCUUCUUGCAUUUCAUUCCCGCCAAAUGAUAUCAAUUGAAAUUUGGAAGACAUAUCUGAUGAGCAUCGUCAGCGUGUUACUAGGAGAGGAGUUUCAGAUGUUAUCGAUGAGAUACAAGUGUAACAUCUCGAGUUGUAACAUACGGAAGGACUUAAAAGAAUUAAUUUAGUUACUUAUGUCACCAAAGUUGACUUACUUUUUUUUUAUCGCACAUCCGUUUAAAACUCUAGAGUUAAAUGUGCUGAGACUGGAGUAGUAAAAGGAUGGAUGGUGAGCAGGUCUUGAGCCAGCUUGAAACAUCCACUGAGUAGCUGCAGAUAAAAACAUGUGAUAUAGAAACUCAAGCAGAUCAUUAUAGAGAACACAAGUUGCAGUAGCUCUCAUGUUACAGAGCAACAUUCUAUCUUCCGUAUAGAGUAGUCUAUUCUUUGUUGCCAGUUACGUGCAAAACGCAUGUUUUGGCGUUGAAUAAAACCAGAUGCCUUUUGACCAUACCUUUGGAGAAGUUUCCCUGAUAAGAUUCAAAGUUUUUUUUUUUUUACUAAAAAUUGAUUUGAAAAUAUAAUCAUUAUGCUUCCAUAAGUUGAUGUCCUUCACAGUGUGUACUCGUCCUUUCCUCUGUUUUUCCAUCUCAUCCUCAAUUGCAUUGAGCAAUUUUGUACGAUGUCUACUCCUGCCUUGGUUUGUUAGCGUGGAUGACACAUUUUCAUUUAUUGGGAUGCCCAGAUCAAUACAUCCCCGAGAUCCAAUUAUAUCAUGUAAGCAACCAAGCUUGGACAAACAUCGAACCCAAGAGAUGUUUGCUCCCUGUUACUUUAGUAGCUUUCACCCUUCCACGGACCACUCUGUGUGUCCCGAACCGCCCAAAAUUAGCUCUUGCAUAUGAGAUAUGUUUGUAUUCAUUUUACCCAAAGAGAAGGUUGCAAAUCUCCAAAUAAGCUUAAGAAAACACACUCUACUAACUUCCUUGAGGCGUUUUCAACCAAUUUCACCCUCUUCUUUUGGACAGCAAACAUCAACCCAAGAUAGUUUUUUCUUCCAGUUACUCAAUGUUGGCCCUGACAACAAGAACGCUGAACAUAAGUUGUCAAUCUCUUGAAGAAAUUUCCUGGGUAACAUGAAAGCAAUGAGCCAGAAUUUGUCAUACUUCCAAUAACCGAGCUAAAAAGUUUCAUUCUCUUUUCCAUGAGAGAGAUCUCACAGUCCAGAAUUGCAUUCUCUGUCGAAUCCUCUCCAACAAAGGCAUGUAAUUCGUCGGACUCAUUUGCUUUGUGAGAUAUGGGAGCCUAGUUACCUUAUUGGGAGAGCACUCAUUGAAAAAGGAUUUUUUUUGCCUCCAUUCGAUGUCUCACAACAUCUUGAAUUCCAGCCCAAUUUUAUACUUGAUUUCUCCAUGCUAGUAUUCAGACUAGCGAUCUUUGCAAAAUGGUCAAACACUUCCAAAAUGAUAUCUAACGAUUUUAUUUUUCCAUCAGUAAAGACCCUAGUAUCAUUGCAAAUCUCAAAAAGUUAGACCAAGAUUUAUACAACUGGGAUGAUAACCGAAACUGCGAUCAUAGCUGCCAUAUCAAGUAACUUUGAUACUACAUUCACACUGAUCACAAAAGUAUGGGGGAUAAAGCACUGUUGAAUCCUAAAUCCGGUAACAGCGAUCAUAGCUGCUCUCUCUCAGUGGUUUUCUGUGUCCCCCCUUUCUUCUCUAUUAACUUACUCUUCUUUUAUAGGCGCCUCGUUGCGCGGAAGCCGCUUGACUUCGUCAUUACUGUUCGACUUGGAGCAGUGAUCGGCGGAGCAGUUGAUACCUACGCUCGGCGCCAUCGUAGGGGGUUGACUUCAUCAUUACUGUCUUAUUUGUUCACCGUAUAAGUUGAAUUCGCCACAGUGAACCAGCGCAUAAUCGGCCUCCACAGCCGAUUUUUCGAGCAAGGGUUGUAACUAAACUGAAUCUCAUAAACCAUUUCACACUUCUAUUUGCAGGUUCGAUCGAGAUUCUUCCAAAAGUAGAACUGAGUUUAUGCAACUGGGUAAAUCCUGAGAAAUUGAGUGUUCAUAAAAAAUCAAAAAUAAUAACCGUACCCAUUUCUGGAGGAAAAUCAAUAACUGGUUUUGUUAUUGAUAAAAAGAACGUUGUUACUGCUUUAAUUAAAACUAGAUUUUGACCCGCGUAGGCGCGUGGGUGUAUAUUUUGAAAAAUAUGUUGAUAUU